GCGCAGCAACAGAGUACGCGACGUCGAGCGCUAAGAGCAAUUGGAAUUGAACACGAUGACGGCAGAACGGACGAAGCCGAGGCGUGAGUGCGCCGUGUGGAGCUGAAGACGGGCGCACAGGCGCUUAGCAAAAGAGCAGAGAGAGAGACAGGCGAAGAGACGGAUAUAGAAACGGAUAUACGGCGCAAAGAAGCGGAUGGUGUGGAUCCAGCAGACGGAGAAGAAGGUAAGCUUACAUAAACCUAAUGACGUUGCUUGUUCUCUGCUACCCCGCAGACGGCCGACCUUAAAAACGACAUCGAGAUCGAGGUCCACUUCUCGCACGACAGAGACAGUGCCUGCCUACGUAGUAGGUAGAGCCAGAGGACUCUAUCCGGCCGUACAGUACGAAGCAAACCCAAGAAACGGAGCAGAGCAGAACAGAGCACCAAGGCACGCAGUGCACCACCCAGCAGCAUCUCCCUCCUCCCACUCCAUCUCUUCCAUAAUCUCCUCCACCCACACAAUCACCACCUCCACACCACACCACACGCGCGCCAACGGCUCCAACGUUCCAACCCACAAAGCCGCAACGCCGCAAGCGCGCGCCGGUUCAGUUUCCAAGGGUGACCCCGGGGGGCUCCGGGCUCGGCGCUAUACGCCGCGCGGGAGCCAGGACGACGGGCCCGAACGGCCGGCGCAAUUUCAUUUCAAUCUCUGGCGCGGCGAUGCUUUUUUUGGCGCGGCUUUUUUCGUAUUUGGGACCGCAUGGCUGCCUUGUCGUCUUGCCUUGCCUUACUUUGCUUUGAUUUGCUUUGGUGUUGGUGUUGGGUAUGAGGGUAUGAGAUGAGAUGAGGGUGGUGGCCUGCCUGCUGCCUGCCUGCCUGCCUGCCUGGAUGGAUGGAGGGAUGGAUUGAUAGAUGGUUGGAUGAUUGGGUACGCGCGUAGGUGGUGGUGGUGCGGUGCGCUGCUUGUUACUGGGGGUUUGUGUUGCUAGUAGGCCUGGACGUGGUGGGCUGUGGUGAAAUGAAGAGAGC